AUGAUUUCUGCGGUGCGUGUCUUGUUCUUGAGUUUUCUCUGCUAUGUGGCUACGGAAGGAUGGACCUGUUCCAAACCAGAUGCAAUACCAUUUGCCACAGUUGUUCCAUUAAAAGCAUCCUACGAACCAGGGGAGGUGAUAACUUACAACUGCCUGCCGGGCUACUACACCAAGGGAGGGUUUAGACGGUUUACCUGCCCCCUCACCGGUAGCUGGCCCAUGAACAGCAUGAAAUGUGUCCCCAAAGUAUGUCCUUUUGCUGGAAUCUUGCAAAAUGGAAUUGUACGCUACACAACUUUCGAAUAUCCUAAUACAAUCAGUUUCACUUGUAACACCGGGUUUUAUCUGAAUGGAUCUAGUACUGCUAAAUGCAAUGAGGAAGGAAGAUGGAAUCCAGGCAUUCCUGUCUGUGCUCCUGUAACCUGUGCUUCACCACCCGUACCUAAGUUUGCAACACUCAGUGUUUACAAGCCAUUGGCUGGAAACAACUCCUUCUACCGGGACACAGCAGUCUUCCAGUGCUUGCCACAAUAUGCCAUGUUCGGAAAUGAUACAGUCACCUGCACAGAACAUGGAAAUUGGACUCAAUUACCAGAAUGUAAGGAAGUAAAAUGCCCAUUCCCAUCAAGACCAGACAAUGGGUUUGUGAAUUAUCCUGCAAAACAAGCUCUUAAUUACAAGGAUAAAGCCACCUAUGGUUGCCAUGAUACCUAUGUCUUGGAUGGUCCAGAAGUAGUAGAAUGUAGCAAAUUUGGAAACUGGUCUGCACAGCCAACUUGUAAAGCAACUUGUAAAAUAUCUGUUAAAAAAGCUACUGUGCUAUACAUGGGAGAAAAAGUAAAGCUCCAAGACAAAUUUAAGAAUGGAAUGCCACAUGGUGAAAAAGUUUCUUUCUUCUGCAAGAAUAAAGAAAAGAAGUGUAGCUAUACAGAGGAAGCUCAGUGUGUGGAUGGCACCUUUGAAGUCCCCAAAUGCUUCAAGGAGCACAGUUCUUUGGCUUUCUGGAAAACGGAUGCAUCAGACGUAAAACCAUGUGAAACUGGUCCUUAGAUUCAAAAUUAAAUGUCAUACUUGUAUCCGUGUUUGUCCAAGACACCUGAAGGUCGUGAAGA